AUGGAAGCCAGGUUAGCCAAGGCUCGGUUAGAAGAAGAUAUGGGAAUUGACAGUGAUGAUUCAGAUCUAGGAUUCGAUCAAGGUGAGCAAGUACAAGAAGGGUUGGCCAAUGAUCCUAGCCAGCCAAACGUGUUUCAGCCUGGUAUUAAUAACGAAAAUGUACCAAACGACCCUCACUUACAUCCUGAAGGACAUCCUAAUCCUGACGUAACAUCUAGCCAACUAGAUCCCCAGUCGCACCUCGUUCCAAGCUACAACGAGCUGUACUGCAGAAUAAUGUGUUUCAACGACGGCCUGUGUUGGGAGAACGACAGGUCGUGCUCAUUUAUCAGGGUCAACACGAGCGAGUAGUUAAUGGUCAAGCACCGCUAGAUAGCAGAGCAGUAACAAGGCAACCACAACAGCAGCAUUCUCGAAGUGGAUCCCAACCUGAUACAACGCAAAAUGUAUCCCCCUUGUUUGUGGAACAGCAGAACCAUAUUGUAGAAGGAAAUAUUUGUGUCCCGAGCCAUUCCGAGCCAACGGAUGCUUCUCAAGUUCUCGGACAGCAGCAGGAUAUGUUUAGGAUGAUGGCGACUACUAUUGGUUCUUCAAUAAGUAAGGGUCUGGAAAUGCCAAGGAGAGAAUACAUGACAUUUGAUGGAAACCCACUGAAAUAUCCUAGCUUUAUACAAAACGUCAAAACGAAUGUAGAAGAUAUCGAACGUGAUCCCAAUGCAAGAAGAAGUUUUCUGAUUUAGCUCUGCACAGGAGAAGCUAUGGAUGCCGUUAGUGGAACUGUUAUGUUACCUCCAGAAGAAGGAUAUAAUAAGGCAAAAUCGGUUUUGCGAGAGAUGUUCGGGCAGACUCACAUCGUUGCGGCGUCGCAUAUCGACCGAGUGACCAAAGGUGGAACAAUUAAAGAAUUCGAAAGUGAGAAACUUUUACAAUCAGCAAGGGAUAUGGAGAAUUGUGAAAUGAAUUUAUGCAAGCUUGGGUAUCAGGCAGAUAUCAAUUCCAGAGGCAAUAUGAGUGCAGUCGUGUUACGAUUACCCAGGUACCUUCGCUCCGAAUGGGCGAAAGAAGCACAAAAUUCACGGGACCAAGGUAAGGAGCCAGAUUUCUCGCAGUUGACCAAGUUUGUCGUGAAGAGAGCGAAGUUGGCGAAUACGGAGUAUGGCCGCUUGAUUAACACAAAACCCGAAAUCGAACGGGAAAGAAACAAGAACCCUCGGUUUGGUGGACAGUCUCGCAGAGUCUCAUCGUUUGCAUCGACCGGAUCCAUUAAAGAACAAGAUUCUGCGUAUACCAUUUAUUCACCCGGAGGGAGAUCGUCUGCAAAACUGAAAUGCUACUUUUGUGAUAAGGAAGGUCACACUGUCGAAAGAUGUUUCAAGUUCCAAGGGAAAUCAUAUGAUGAACGGAAAGCCUUUGUUUCCAAGCAAGGACUGUGUAAUCUUUGCCUUUCUAAAGGACAUUUCGCCAAGAGAUGUAAGAAAUACCAUGGAUGCUUUAUUCCUGGAUGUGGAAAACAACACCAUCCCAUGCUUCAUCCCGUUGAACUUAAUCGAGACAACAAAGUCCAAGCUCCGGUCAAAACAAAUAACGAGAAAAUCCAAGGACAGACAACCAGUUCUUCGCCCGUCCAAUUCCAUAAUGCUCAGACAGGACACUGUGGACCAACCGGAACUAUAAAGAAACAAGUUUGCUUGAGAGUAGUUCCUGUUAAAGUGUUUGGAAGAGACAAUGGUAUCGAAAAAGUCACAUAUGCAGUAAGAGAUGAAGGAUCGAAUACAACGCUAGUAAAGGAGAGUCUAGCUAACGAGUUAAAAUUGAAGGGGCAGCCGAUAGAUUUUCAGUUGACUACUAUGAACGGAGUCUCCCAAGAAUCUGGCAGAUCUCAUUUCUUCUAUGUGCAAGGCCUAGGACAGAAAGAUUGUUUAGAAAUUCCAAACGCACUUUCAGUCAAAGAUCUGUCGGUUGCUGCAAGCUGUAUCCCGAACGAAAAAGAUAUAACCAAGUGGAAACACUUUGAUGGAAUCUCUGUGCCAGAACUGGAAAGUUCGGAGAUCACAAUUCUAAUUGGCGCUGACAUCCCUGAAGCAGACUGGAAACUAGAAGAAAGACGUGGUCGGAAGAAAGAGUCAUACGCGGUUCGAACCCCUUUGGGAUGGUCUGUAGCAGGUCCUUUAGGAACUAACUCUGACAACAAUAUUAGUUCUUUCUUCAUCCGCCAGGAAGAUGAGUUCCUCAACGAGACGGUGAAUAAGAUGUUUCAAAUGGAUUUCAGUGAGUUCACAUAUUCCCCAGAUUUAAGCAUGUCAGUAGAAGAUCAGGAAGCACUAACCAUGAUGGAGAAUUCCUUGAAGAUUGUUGAUGGUCGCUACCAGCGGGAUCUUCCAUUUCGCACGAAACCAGAUUUUCCCAACAAUAGAAGCCUUGCUGUAAGGAGACUACAUUCUCUGAAAAUGCGACUGAAGAAAGAUCCAGAUCUCCAUGCCAAGUACAAGAUUGGUAUUGACGAAUACGUUGACAAAGGGUAUGCUGUUAAGAUCGACCCAAGCCAAUUGCGUGAUGCUGAGACCAACAAGAGAGGCGUAUGGUAUCUACCCCACCAUCCAGUUUUGCAUCCUCGAAAGCCAAGAAUUGUAUUCGACUGCGCUGCCAAGUAUGACGAAAUAUCCUUGAACAAUCGACUGCUCCAAGGACCGGAUAUGACGAAUACACUCGUAGGAGUCUUAACCAGGUUUCGCCAAGCCCCGACUGCAUUUCUAGCCGAUAUUGAGGCAAUGUUUUGCCAAGUUCGAGUUUCUUCAGAGCAUCGCAAUUUCCUCAGGUUUCUUUGGUGGCGUGACGGCGAUUACGAACAAUUACCGGAAGAAUACAAAAUGUUGGUUCAUCUCUUUGCAGCCACAUUCUCCCCGAGUUGCGCGGGAUUCUGUCUACGCAAGGUUGCUGACGAAUUCGAAAACGAGUUCGACGAGGAAACGAUCAAGACUAUCCGUAAAGAUUUUUAUGUAGAAGAUUGUCUUAAAUCUGUGCAGAAAACGGAGGACGCUAUCCAACUGAUCGAAGAACUUUGUCGGCUUUUAGCGAAGCGAUCGCUCCGAUUAACGAAGUUUGUAUGCAAUGAUGUGAAAGUUUUGUUUUCGAUUCCUGAAAGUGAACGUGCGAAAUCCAUUGUCAGCCUAGACUUUGAUGAAUUACCAGUUGAAAGGGCCCUCGGGGUAGAAUGGAAUGUGAAAGAAGAUACCUUCAAUUUCCGAACGGCCGAGAGAAAGAAAGCACCAACACGUUGAGGUAUUUUAUCGGAUGUGAGCUCCAUGUACGAUCCUUUGGGGUUCGCGGCACCUUUUAUCCUGCCGGCUAAGCGUAUACUACAACAGUUGUGCAAAGACAAGAUUGGAUGGGACGAGGACAUUUCACCGAGUAUGUUGCAGGCGUGGGAAAGAUGGUUGAACGACUUACCUCGUUUACGGAAUGUUAGUGUUCCUAGGUAUUUCAAGUCCUGGAAAUUGGGACAGUUGACGAGUGUUCAGCUACAUCAUUUUUCUGAUGCAUCUUUCGAUGGUUACGGUGUCGUAUCAUACUUGCGCUUCGAAGACGUGGACGGCGAAGUUCAUUGUGCUUUGGUGAUGGCCAAAUCGCGAGUAUCGCCGAUAAAGCCAACUACCAUUCCAAAGUUGGAACUCACUGCGGCGACGGUAGCAGUUAAACAACACCGCCAAAUCAACCAGGAGUUGGAUCUAGAGGUCGACUCAGUCACGUUCUGGACGGAUUCUACGUGCUUUUUACAAUACCUUAACAAUGAGUCUAACCGGUUCAAGACGUUCGUGGCCAACAGGAUCGCUCUCAUCCACGACCUCUCAAGCCCAUCAAGUUGGAGAUACAUCGAUUCCAAGGCUAACGCAGCCGAUUAUGCUUCCCGAGGCCUGCGACCUACCGAUGCACGUGAAAUUAACCAAUGGAUCAACGGACCGGAUUUUCUUCGAGGUAAAGCAGAAGCGUGGCCAACCCGUCCAACAGAAAUAAGCACACUUCCUGACGAAGCUCUCGAAUGGAAGAAGGACGUCAAAGUUUACGAGACACAAGCACAACAAGUUAAACCGCUCGAUGUCUUCAUGCAGCAUUAUUCAUCGUGGUAUCGUCUCCAGAAGGGAGUCGCAUAGCUCAUUCGAUUUAUUCGCUAUUUAAAGGCUGUUCAAUCAAGUACGAAAUUACGACGGUCUCGAGGUCCGAAACCCAAGAACGCCCAGCCCUGACGAAUCUACAGGGGCCGGAGUGAACUCUUUAUCAGUCGUAGAGCUGCGAAAUGCGAAGACGAUCAUUAUUCGUUAUGUGCAACGUGAAUCCUUUCCAGAAGAAGUGGCAUGUCUCAAACGUAGAUCGAGCAAUGAUCCUCCCUCCAAUGCUAUCGUGAAAAAAUCGAGCAAGUUGGCUGCCUUAUCACCUUUCAUGGGAGACGAAGGUUUAUUGAGAGUUGACGGUAGAUUGGAAAGAGCUGAAAUAUCCUUUGAUGCCAAACAUCCGACAGUAAUCCCAAGUAAACACCACAUCGUUGGUCCUUUGAUUCGACAUUACCACGAACGAGAAGGACAUGCUGGAACCCGAGCCGUUCUCGCUGCUAUUCAACAAGACCUGUGGAUUCUUCAAGGACGCUCCAGAAUCCGUUACAUAAUCGGCCAAAUGCAAAAUUUGUCGUAAGAAGUAUGCGCCACCUUGCAAGCAAAUUAUGGCUUCGCUUCCAGUGCCUCGUGUUACAGCAUUUGAACGCCCGUUUGCUUCAACAGGCGUCGAUUACUUCGGUCCGUUCCUGGUAAAAAGAAGAAGAUGCCAAGUUAAAAGAUACGGUUGUGUCUUCACCUGCUUAGUGAUGCGAGCCAUCCAUAUCGAAGUUGCUCAUACGCUCGACGCCGAAUCCUUUCUCUGCGCCUUCAGCCGUUUCAGUGCUCGACGAGGUCUUCCAAAUGCUAUUUACAGCGACAAUGGAUCGAACUUUGUGGCAGGCAACAGGAUCUUAAAAGAAGAUUUCGAGAGAAUCAAGUGUGACGAAGCACAGUUAAAUAUUCAGCAUAGUUUGCGAGCGAAAGAAGUAGCGUGGCAUUUCAAUCCACCUUUGGCCAGUCAUAGUGGUGGAAUCUGGGAACGAAUGAUACGUUCGAUUCGUCGGAUACUCGCGGCGGUGAUGAAUGAGCAAGUGGUCGAUGACGAAGCAUUCCAAACCUUCCUCAUUGAGGUUGAAAGAAUUUUGAAUGAUCGUCCCCUUCUUCGAAACGAGAGUCAACCAGACGACUUGGAUUCAUUAACUCCAAGUAAGCUACUUCUUCUGCAUUCCAAUUCGUGCGUACCACCAGGUAUAUUUGUUGAGAGAGACUGCUACAACAGACGUUGGCGUCAAGCCUAACUCCUCGCGAACACUUUCUGGAAACGUUCACUCAAGGAAUACUCCCUACCUUACAACCACGUCAAAAGUGGCUCGAACCGAAGAGAAACCUAGCAGUCAAGGAUCUUGUGUUAUUAGUAGACAAGGACUGCCAACGCGGAAGAUGGCCCAUGGCGGUUGUUGAGGAAGUUUAUCCAGAUGAAAAGGGGAUUGUCCGACACGUUACGGUCAGAACAACCAACGGAAACUUCAAAAGAGAUGUCCGACAACUGUGUUUGCUAGAAGGAGUGGCUAGGCAUUGGUGUGAGACGUUUAAACGUUCUUUAACAUUAUUCCCGAGCCAACGGCGCGGAGCGCCGUUCCGGGCGUAAGCCCGGGGCGAGGGUACUAAUUCCGUCCGGCUAUUUAUACCCGGGGAAAGGAACGCACUAGCGAAGUCUAAAGUUCAUCAAAUAUCGCGGGCGCGUGACUAUGGUUCAUGGGUGGACCUCCUCACUGAUCUCAAAAAUAUGGCUGUUUGCCAGGAGUGGGAUAAACAAGAUUUCAAUUUUCAAAAGCAUAUAUUUGGAAAAUCACGUUUCACACAAUGAGCUUUGAAGCAAUUUUUGUUUCAAGAAAUGAGAAGGAUUGACUAUGGGAAUCGUGAAAUAUAGUGCAAGUUUGCUUUGAAUGUUUAAUGUUUAUGAUUUUUUUUGCUUUCAUAAAUAAUUUCUUGCGUAUUAAAAGUACAUGCAGCUUUCCUUUUCAGUGAUCAAGCUGUAAGUUUCCUAAAUUACCCUGUUUAAUUUAAGAAAAAAGGUGAAAUGUAAAGGAGAGCAAAUUAAUUUGAAGACCUAACUGAAAUUACUUCACAAUUUGAACUUAGUAAGUAUUAAAAACAGUUCAUCGGCAAAGACGACAAAAGCAGUUUAGUUAUUAAAAUGAACAUUUUAAAACAUUUUACGAAGCGAUUCAGUUUAAAUUUUACAUUAAAUCAAAGCUCACAAAAUGCAAUAUAACAUACCUACAGUACAUAAUUCGGAAAUUCAUGUUAUAUCAUUAAAAGCAAUAAUCUUUCAACUAUUUUUGGCGUGUUGUUCAAAAAAAUAUAAAAUUUAAGAUUGUCGUGUUGCCAUGACAACACUGACGUAAACGCGAGCCUGCGUUCAGUGUUGAUCAAUUACUAAUACGGUACUUCAUGUAAGUCAAUGUUUGGAAAAUAUAGGCGAGGGGUUGCUGCAUGCAUGUAUUUCUAGUAUAUGUUGUUAUAUAGUUAACAGUCUAGAUCCCUUUGUUUAGUAUCGA